CUACAGAUUGAUGUAGAGAAAGGCGUGGUCUCCAGUCUACAUGCACAUACCGAAUAAUAAUAUGUAAGAAAUCGUAACCUUAACCAGCUUCAAAACGUGGUCUCAGUAAAUGCUAAGCGGAGUUCAGAAAUACCCAUUGCUGCAGCACACAUAUACAUUGCUAUGGUAGAAAUGUCAGGCCCAUCUGUGGACAGUCUCUUCCCAGCUAUCGCUCAGUCAUUUGUCGUCAUCGCAAUAGGCUAUGGAUUCGGUUUUUUUAAACUCAUCUCUCCCAAAGAGUCGAAGAGUAUCGGAACUCUCAUUGGAAAUCUAUUCCUCCCUGCGCUCCUGUUCAAGAACCUCGCAAUCCUUAAUCUAUCAGCAGUGUCAUGGCCGUUUCUUGGAGGAAUGUUGCUGGCCAAGUUCUCAGUAUUUCUCGCCGUAGCACUUUUGACCAUGAUUUUGACUAGACAAGUCGGGACGGCUGGAUUGUUUGGGAUCUUUGCAACACAGUCCAACGACUUUGCUCUGGGGCUACCCAUCGUGACAGCUGUGUAUGGGGAGUCGACUGGCAUGGGUGAUAUGUUCGACUAUACCAGCUACAUCUACCUCCUGGCUAUUGUGUCUCUGGCUAUGAUCAAUCCGAUAGGCUUCGUCCUCAUGGAGUACAACAAACAGAGCCGCGACUCAAACAAGAAAAUGUCUUGUGACAGGAUUUCAAUUAUACUUUUCCGCACUAUGAAGGGUGUGGUAUUGAAUCCCAUCAUCUUCAUGACGGUGCUGGGUAUUGUGGUCAAUGUCAUCAUAUUCUUUGGGGUGAACAAAGGAGAGGGAAACAGCUCAGAUAACCUACCAGAUUGGCUGGUAGGGUUCUUGGAUGUACUGGGAGGGGCCUACGCCGCAUGUGCCUUGUUUAACAUCGGACUGUUCAUGGUGGGAAAACUCGGGAAGGUCACUGGAUCUUUACUACUCGUAGCCACUCUGCUUAUUGCUGCUAAAACGAUCAUCCUUCCGCUCAUUGCGUAUCGUGUUCUUUACUCUAUACUGCCUGAGGGAGUGUUCAACUCAUCGCAAGAGGCAGUCUCUACAUUCGGCUUCCUCCUGGGGACUUUCCCUACUGCCCCCACAGUGUUUGUAUUCUCCACACAGUACAGCCUCGCCAUGGAGAUUGUGGCAGCGUCUGUAGUCUUGUGCACAUUCUUCUCGGCUCCGAUCAUGUACUUGUCUGCUCGGAUGAUUCUUGUGUUGUCUUCUGUCACUAGCGAUAACUAUAAUAAUGUCAUCAUGGACUCUCGAAAUGACGUAUCCAUUGUCAGCUGUGUCUCUGUGGCAUUUGUGUUCAUCCUGUUUUUGCUUGCUCGGAGGUAUCGAUCUUUUGUACAUGUCUUCGUCAUGCAUCUUAUGGUGGCUAUGUUGGUUGAAGUGAUUGGCGUAUAUAUGUUGACAACAGUGACGGCGCAACAUCUCGUGUACUGGGAGUUCUUCUGGUUCUCAAUAUUCUUCAUCGGUGUCCUGUCCACAAGAACUUGGAUGGCGUCCAUGGCUGUGGGUCUAUUGAUUCUCAUCAUCAAGGGACCACAGAAAGCUGAGAAAUCCUGGGUGCCUCUCAUGUUGCUAUCAUGGGGGAUUCCUAUUUUAAUCACUGUUUUGUUGGUGGCUGUGUGCUCAGUCACUCAGUUCGAGGCUCACAAACAUCUGCGCAUGGUUGAUAUCUCCUUCCUCUUCGGGGAACCACAGUUAAUUCUGUCUCUAGUUGUAUUGGUGGCUUCCUUUAUCAUUGGGUUUGUGUGCGUGAUGAUCAUCAUACUGUCUGCAAGGAAAAAAAAGAGUCGAAGGGGCAAACAAUGGCCAAUGGAAGAGAAGAAGUCGAAUUUUGAGUCCUCAGUGACAUCGGUAGUACAAAGACAUCCUGGUACCUCAUUGAACAGUGGAGACUCUCUAGGAUCAAGCAUGAACGCGUCUGGGGGCACCACACCCCUCUUAACGGCAGGGAAAUCCCCUUCGUAUGGUGCCACACCCACUGAUUCCAGUAAAACUGUAGAUUUUGACUCACCACACAACUCAUUUGACAACUCAAUGGCGGAGAGAAACCCGUUGAUACAGAAACCUCGUGAAGCAAGCCCAGAGCCCGACCAAUCAGAAUACAGCUUUAGUCUCCCUAUUCAGUCCUUGGGUCUUUGGCACAAGGACAAGUCUGGUCAGCACCUGAUGAGAUUCAUCGUUCUCAUUCUGUUUCUUCUAUUUUCAUCGUUGGUGGGCAUACUGAUCCUGAUCUGGAAGCUGAGCUCCCCCCUCGUUACUGGGAUAUUUAUUGCUGUGAAUGUACUAGAUACUGUCACCAACUUUGGACAGGGAUUCUUCAUAUUAGCUGUGUUUGGAUUUGAGAAGCACUGGUUCUGGGUAGCUCUGUACAAAAAGUUGCGUCGUUUAUUCUUCAAAGUUGAAGUGGUUGAUUUGCCGAGGGAAGAGGAUGUUGAAGUUUCUGUUCUCGACCUCUGCAAGACAUUCAAUCAGAACCAUAAGGAACUCUGUAUAGCAGACAUUGUCUCCAACAAAAAAUUCUUACUGCGGACAUACGACACUGUGUUCAGUGGUGUGGACCUAGUGGACUGGCUGGUGAGGAAGGGCGUGGUCAAAGACAGGGAAGCUGGAGUACAAUAUGGAGAAUCUCUCUUGGUAGGCAGAGUCGUAGCUCAUGUUAGUAACGAACACUAUUUUCAUGAUGAACCUUAUUUUUAUCGGUUUUGUGACCAAAAAAACUGAUUGAGUGGCUUUUUAAUUCGUGGUUUAUUGGUGUGUUUGCAGUUUGAGAACAUAAUUAUGUUUACACA